GGAAGUCUAUUGUGGGAAUAACCUGCCUCCUUUUUCUGCUUGCUCACAGCCAGUCAGUCAGCUUGAGGUGGAGGAGGUCUGAGCUGGAUUCAACUUGUCAGUCAAAAAGGCAAAGAUCACAGUAAUUGAGUGCCUCGGGUCUAUCAGAGCCAGGUGACAGACAGUCGUGGGUACCCCUGGAACAGAGCUUGAUAGUUCCCUCCCCGCCCAUUUCCCGGGGUUGCAAGCUCACACAGGGGGCUAUAAAAGCUGCAGCGGCGCCCGCGCCAGGACACCGCCGAGUUCGCCCACCAGCCCGAGCAGCUGCAGCACCAUGCACGUGAACGGCAAAGUAGCUCUGGUGACCGGCGCAGCACAGGGCAUUGGCAGAGCCUUUGCAGAGGCGCUGCUGCAAAAGGGCGCUAAGGUAGCUCUGGUCGAUUGGAAUCUAGAAGCAGGUGUCAAGUGUAAAGCUGCUCUGGAUGAGGAAUUUGAGCCUCAGAAGACUCUCUUCAUCCAGUGUGAUGUGGCUGACCAGCAACAACUGAGAGAUACGUUUAGGAAAGUUGUAGACCACUUUGGACGACUGGACAUUUUGGUCAACAAUGCUGGAGUUAAUAAUGAGAAAAACUGGGAGAAAACUGUACAAAUUAAUUUGGUGUCUGUUAUCAGUGGAACCUAUCUUGGUUUGGAUUACAUGAGUAAGCAAAAUGGAGGUGAAGGCGGCAUUAUUAUCAACAUGUCCUCUUUAGCAGGGCUCAUGCCUGUGGCACAACAACCUGUUUACUGUGCUUCAAAGCAUGGCAUAAUUGGAUUCACACGUUCAGCAGCGAUGGCUGCUAAUCUUAUGAACAGCGGUGUGAGACUGAACGUUAUUUGCCCAGGUUUUGUCAAUACGCCCAUUCUUGAGUCCAUAGAAAAAGAGGAAAACAUGGGGCAAUAUAUAGAAUAUAAGGAUCAGAUCAAGGCUAUGAUGAAAUUCUAUGGCAUUUUGGACCCAUCAAUGAUUGCCAAUGGUUUAAUAACACUCGUUGAAGAUGAUGCUUUAAAUGGCGCUAUUAUGAAGAUCACAACUUCUAAGGGCAUUCAUUUUCAAGACUAUGAUACUACUCCAUUUCACACAAAAGCACAAUGAAAAGACUGACAGGUAAAAUUUUACAUAUCAGCCAUAAGAGAAAUAAGCACAAAUGACUUCUCUUCAGACUAUACCUUCAUCUGAAUGUAUUAUUUUAAAUGAAAUGCUAUUAUUUGCAACUUCCCUUCAUGUAUAUUAUGUUGAUUUUUAAAAAUGAUUAUUUAAGUAUGUGGGUAAAAGUUAUGAAGUCUUAAAAAUAUGGUGUGAAUCAAUGCUACAUUUUAUCUUGAGUUUAAAUCAUGAUUAAAACAAAGGAUAUUCAAGAAAUAUUCUGCCUUUCAGGAAAUAUUCUAAAUUUGUGAUUAAUAAAAACAUUAAUUGUUUUUCUGAACAUCCUUUAAAGUAGAUACUUGAAUUAUUAUUUAAAUCAAGCAAGAUGUAAAAAAUAAGUUUUCCCAUUUGCACUUUAAAAGAGGCAUACUAUCUACAGUUGGGAAAUAUUUUGUAACAAAAUCUUGUAAUUCUAUACCAACUUUUAGUUGACCCUUUCACCUCUCAAAGAUCUGGUACAUUUAGGGACUAAGAAUUUAGGAAUUAAGAAAUAAAUUAGUUUAUGAAAAUAUCUCAAAUGAAAUGUACCACUUCAGAAAAAUACAGAAACUUAAUGACCUAGAUGAUUGAUCUACAGUUCAAUCUCCCAGUCUAGGAAAAGUAUUGUUUUCCCUUAUGAUAAAAACCCCAGGAACAAAAAUUUUCAUUGUUAUAACAAAAAGGCUAGCUAACUCCUAAAAUGAUCUAUUCAAAAUAUCUGUAUAAAGGUAUUUAAGUGUAAUAAUUUUUUAAAUUACUUAUUUGUAUCAAUAUGUAAAACUUUCAAUAAACCCUUUUCUUUUUUUUCUAAUAUCCAGAAUUAGUGUUCUAUAGACAGCUAUUGAGAAGAAACCAGUCUGGUCACAGCCUCAACUAUACAUAUUUUUUAUGCUCAAAAUCAAUAAUAGCAAGAAGUAAAAACAGUUGUGAUUUUUUUUCUUUUAACUAGAGCACUGCUCAGCUCUGUUUUGUGGUACUGCAGGGGACUGAACCUGGGACUUUGGAGCCUCAGACAUGAGAAUCUCUGCAUAACCAUUUAUGUUAUCUACCCCCCCCCCAGUUGUGAUAUUUUGUGACUUUUCAGGCAUUUUGUGAUAGGAUCAUUAAAUGCACCUGCUUGGGGUAUCAUUAUUUUCAAGCAGUAAUUAAUUCUAAUAAUAGUGAAAGCACAAGAUUUCCAAAUCAAUCAAUUCAUCAUAGAAAUAUUGUGGAAUUGAUUGUCUGUUCAAUCUGUCUAGUGCUCCUGUUUGAAGCAAAAUCCAUGUAGAUGAAAUUGUCAAGGAUUUCCUAGACAGUCUGAAAUGUCAUUGGAUUUUACUUUGUUUUAAUUUGGCCAUGGAGGUGUUAUCUUCACAUUUAAGAAGUAUAAAACUGUUGUCUAGAGUUUCAUAUACUGUAUUUGAGAAAUCAAAAUAAAUAAACAUAAGUGAACAGUAGUAGAGAUAUCAAUUAGGUACAAAUUUAUUCAUAGAAUUUGGCAAUAAACAAGCAGUUAAUAAUAUAAGUCUGUGGAAAAUUAUUUAUCUAACACAUUUUCUCAUUGUAAUGUUCAAAUUUAUAGCUAAAAUUUUCAUUUAUAUUUAAUUAGUAUAGCAGCAACCUGCAAUGUAUUUUGUGUUUGAAUGCAUUUACUCAUAUCCAUAAACCCUGCAGACUUAUUGAUAAAAUUAAACACUGAGUAGAACUAAAGAGAGAUAUUACAUAGUUUAAGAUUUACUUUACAUUAAAAGUUACCAUUUACGAAUCACUUUGAAUAAAUAUAUAGUGUUAUGAGAUAUUUCUACAUAGUGUAUGAAAGAAAUCUUAAAUUUGUUGUGGAGAAGGGGAGAUCUUAGUUUUCUUAAUUGUAUUUUUCUAUGAAAAUUUUUAAUGUACAUAAUAUGCAAUUUUCUAAUGUUUUUAUUAUGUAAAGUAGAUAAUUCAAAAUAGCACAUCCAAAGUUAUGUGAACACUGGGGAAGAAAUGUCUAACAAACCUACUUUGUCCAUAUAAAUUAAUUUUAGAUACUUGUGUGAUGAUUUUGUCUGUUUUGCUGUUAACAAAUUUAGAUUAUUGGAGAAAUAUGAAGAUGUGAAUCUUUAAUAAAACUCAGAUGAUUUCACUAAA